AUUUCACUUUCUCGAGMAAAGAUAAAUUCUGAAGUCAUCGUUGAGAGAGAUAGAAACAUUUAUAAAUCGAAUUAUCYGUAAGAUGUUCAUCCAAACGAGCUGUUUCCUGGUUUUCGCAGCAUUUCUGCUUUUUGCAUCCCACGUGACCCAAAUCCUUAGCUCAAGACAAGACAUUGAAAACAGUACUGUUACGGAUCCGUGUUUAGUGCCAGGCGUAAACUGCCACUGUUUUCUUGGAUACGAAGACCAAGACAAUAGAAUAUUCAAGUGGCGUAGAUUUCACGUUACAUAUAGGCUUGUUCCUAACRAUACAAACGGGCAAGAGUUGUGUGAUAAAUUUUGCGAAAAGGAUUGUAAUGAUUGGCUUAUGUYAGGAAACGACGCUUUAUGUAAAAUGAUUGAUGACGACUACAAUUCAAAUUCCCAAAGAAAUUUCGGCUGCUAUAUACACAUUGAUUCGAAAGGCAAAGUGUGUCUAAGUAAGAAAUGGAACCAGACAAAAGUCCCACAAGACCUUUGCUGUCAUAAAGAAAAGAAAGAGUGUCAGUUGGCCUAUGGCUCCCAAUAUGCCUACAGCAGCGACUACAACUUAUGUCUAAAAGAGCUGGAUGACGGUUGUAUAACAGGAGUUGAUUCUAACGAUAACAGUCCUCCAGUCUGUUGCCUUAGAGACACGUCAACAGGACAAGACAAGACGUAUGGAUGCCAGCCACUCUUAAAAUCUGGAAAAGUCUCUGCAAAUGUUACUUGUUAAAUAAACUAUGAUGAAUAUUAAUCUAAUAUUAAUCUAAUAAAAAUUAUUAAGGUUCA